AUUCAAAAGGCUGCUUACACGGUGUCUUCUCCUGCCCACCAGCAUGCGGGCGCUGCCACGGACGACGGGCCCACAAGCGGGGCGGCAAACAAGUCCUACUCAUGUUCCUAUAGCAACACAUGCAGUUUCGCCGCUGAAUUGUGCUCACGCCUGGUGGCGGCCCGUGGGCGAUGUCUCGCGAAGCAGCGUCGCUGGGCUCUCAACGUGGGCUCCAACGCGUAGCUUCGCGGCGGGAAGCACUCGUGCAAGCAGGCCUCCUCGCGUGGCAGUGUCGGCUUCCAGCGACGCGGGGUUAUUGUCAGGCGAAGAGGCAUUCUUCGCGAGCGAGCACGCUAGCUUCGCGGAACUGGGCGUAUCGCCGGCAAUUCAGGCUGCCCUUGAGACGUCGGGUCUCAAACGGCCGUCGCGCAUUCAGGAGCUGGCGGCGCCGCACAUCCUGCGCGGUCGCAACGUGGUCGUGGCCGCCGAGACCGGCAGCGGCAAGACGCUGUCGUACCUGGUUCCCAUAGCGCACCUCAUGCUUAAGCAGCGCACCGCCAUGCAGCAGCACGCGGCGGCGCUGGAGGCGGCCGGGCCCGCGGCCGACGGCGCCGAACGGCCGCGCUUCACGCGCUACCUGGCGCUGGUGCUGUGCCCCAACGUCGCCCUGUGCCAGCAGGUGGCGGCCGCCGUGAACGCCCUGCGCGGCCCCGCCGCCGCCGACGGCAGCAGCCAGCAGCAGCAGCAGCAGCAGCUGGUCAGCGCCGCCGUCAUCAACAGCAGCAACCCGCCGCCCUUCGAGACGCCGGACGUGGUGGUGGCCACCCCCGCGGGCCUGCUCAACAUCAUUGACGACGCGGGCGGCGCGUACGGCUGGCUGUGGAGCGAGGAGGGCAUGCAGGCCCGCAUUCGCCACGUGGUGCUGGACGAGGCGGACCUGCUGCUGACGCCCGCGUACAGCCGGGCCACGCAGCGCAUCCUCACGCUGUUCAAGACUGCGGACCGGCGGCGUGUGGAGGCGAAGCUGUUUGAUGAGCUGGGGCUGGCGGGCAAGGAUGAGUUCGACCGCCUGCCGCGGGCGCUACAGGUGGCGGCGUGGACAGGCGGCGCGCCGGCCAUGCUCGCGGAGGGCUACCGGCCCAAGCGCUCCCUGAACCCGGACGCCAAGUACGGCCCCUACUGGCGGCGGCAGUACAUCUACAGCGCCGCCACGCUGCCCGCCGCCACCUACAGCGACGUCGGCAGCGCCAUCGCCAAGGCGCACCCGGACGCGGUGUGGGUGUCCACCGACCUGCUGCACUCCUCCAAGCCGCAGGUGGAGCACGCGUGGCGCGAGGUGCGUGAUGACGACUUCACCACAAACCUUCUGGACUCAAUCAAGUCUGAUCCCGACUACCAGGCUCGUAGCGGCAAAACGCUGGUGUUCGCGGCGGACGGCGCCUCCGCGGACGCCGCGUCCGAGGUGCUGGCGGGCGGCAACGUGCCGCACGUGGUGUACCACAAGAGCCGGCCCAUGGGCGAGCAGGCGGCGGCUCUGGCGACGCUGCGCGAGCAGCCGGGCUGCGUGAUGGUGUGCACGGACGCAGCGGCGCGCGGGCUGGACGUGGAGGACAUCAAACACGUGGUGCAGGCCGAUUUCGCGGCCAACGCCAUCGACUUCAUUCACCGCAUCGGCCGCACCGCGCGCGCCGGGCGAGGCGGCCGCGUGACUUCCCUGUACCGGGAGCACAACCGCGCGCUGGUGGAGGUGCUGCAGAGCUACAUCGCGGACGGGGUGGCGCUUGAAGCCGCGUUCAGCCGGGCCCGCUCCUUCAGCAAGAAGCUGAAGAAGACGGGCGGCGUGUUCGUGCCGCGCGGCAUGGCGGCUGGAGGCGAGGAGGCGGAGGCUGCGCAGGCAAACGCGGGGGAAGGGGCGGGCGAGGGGCAAGAGGGCGCGGCUGCUGGGCCAGCGGCAGGGAGAGGAGGGCCAGGGAGAGGCGCAGGCGGAGGCCGGGGCGCGGGGAGAGGCCGCGGUCGUGCGGGCCGGGAGCAGGCGGCACAGGAGGAGGCGGUGCGGUCGUGAGCUGCGUAUGUUGAGUUGGCGGUUAGCAUUUAGAACGGAGCAUGGCGCCGCGCAACAGGAUCUGUGUGAGCAUAGCGAGUCUUUGUAAAGGGUCUACACU